AUGAACAUUGACCAUGCGGUGGUGCUAGGCCUACCCAGUGCCAGGGUCACGGCCACGGUCACGGAGGACUGUGCGCGCGCCUGCCCCUCCGCCUGCGCCUGCAGCAGUGCCGAGCGAGGCUGCUCCGUGCACUGCGACCGCGCGGGCCUCCAGCGGGUGCCGGCCGAGUUCCCCUGCAAGGCGGCCUCCAUCGACCUGGACCGGAACGGCCUGCGCUUCCUGGGCGAGCGCGCCUUUGGCACCCUGCCGUCGCUGCAACGCCUGUCGCUGCGCCACAACAACUUGUCCUUCAUCACGCCCGGAGCCUUCAAGGGCCUCCCGCGUCUGGCCGAGCUGCGGCUGGCACACAACGGCGACCUGCGCUACCUCCACGCGCGUACCUUCGCCGCGCUCGGCCGCCUGCGCCGCCUGGACCUGGCCGCCUGCCGCCUCUUCAGCGUGCCCGAGCGCCUCCUGGCCGAGCUGCCGGCCCUGCGCGAGCUCGCCGCCUUCGACAACCUCUUCCGCCGCGUGCCCGGCACCCUGCGCGGCCUGGCCAACCUGACACAUGUGCAGCUGGAGCGCUGCCGCAUCGAGGCCGUGGCCGCCAGCUCGCUGUUGGGCCUGCGGCACCUGCGCUCGCUCAGCUUGCAGGAAAACCGUGUGCGCGUCGUGCACGGUGGCGCCUUCCGCGACUGCGGUGUCCUGGAGCACCUGCUGCUCAACGACAACCUGCUGGCGCAGCUGCCCCCAGAUGCCUUCCAAGGCCUGCGCCGCCUGCGCAUGCUCAACCUGGGCGGCAAUGCGCUGGGCCGGGUGGAGCGAGCCUGGUUCGCUGACCUGGCCGAGCUGGAGCUGAUUUACCUGGAUCGCAACCACAUCGCCUUCGUGGAGGAGGGCGCCUUCCAGAACCUCUCAGGCCUCCUCGCCCUGCACCUCAACGGCAACCACCUCACCACGCUCGCCUGGGCCGCCUUCCAGCCUGGCUUCUUCUUGGGCCGCCUCUUUCUCUUUCGCAACCCGUGGUGCUGUGACUGCCGCCUGCAGUGGCUGCGAGACUGGAUGGAGAGCUUAGGGUGCGUGGCCGACGUGCCAUGUGCCUCCCCGGGCUCCGUGGCCGGCCUGGACCUCAGCCAGGUGGCCUUUGGGCGCUCCCCCAGUGGCCUGUGUGUGGACCCCGAGGAGCUGAACGAUACCACGUCCAGUCCAGACCCAUCCCCAGGGCCAGUGGCCACCACCGUCAGCAGGUUCAGCAGCCUCCUCUCCAAGCUUCUGGCUCCGAGGGCCCCAGAAGAAGUGGUCAACAUCACCCAGGGGCUGUUCAAUGCCUCCUGGGCCCAGGGUCUUCCCUCCCAUGGGGUGGAAGGCUCAGGCCCCGAGAUCGAAUUUUUCUUGGGCACCAGCCUCCUGCUCAGUGUGGCCCAGCAUAUGGUGUUUGUCCUACAUAGGGACUGA